GGGGAAGAGGGCUGUCCUCAUAGCCUGAGGCUGUGGGCAGCUGGCCAAGCUUUCUGCUAUAAAAGCAGCCGGCACUUAGCUUCACAUAUCCUUUGCCAGCUCCGUCUCAGGGAUAUCGUGUGAGGAAAUCUCCAGCUACCAUGCUGACUGAACUAGAAAAGUCCUUCAGCAACUUGGUUGAUGUCUACCACAAGUAUUCCGAAGCGAAAGGGAACCACCAUGCCCUGUACAGGGAUGACCUGGACAAACUGCUCACCACUGAGUGUCCUCAGUACCUGAAGAAUAAGGAUGCCAAAAGCAUUUUCGAAAGGUUGGAUAUCAACGAGGACAAGGCGAUUAACUUCGAGGAGUUCAUUGUGCUGGUGAUAAAGAUGGGCUUGGAAGUCCACAGAGCAGGCCACAAGGAGUAGAGGAGCUCCUGGCCUGGGGCUGGGCCCCUGGACAUGUCUACAGAAUAAUAAAGUUGGCAUACCUCA